CCAUCAGUCAAUCAUUCAAAUCGAAUCGAAAUGCCCAACGAAUCGCUGCAGCGUGAGCCUGCGUUUCUGCGCAUCCAUUCGCUGCUGGCUGGGUUUCACGAGACCAACGCCAGACUCCGACAGUUGCUCCACUCUGAGCCUGCUCCUCCUUCAGCAGCUGACAUUCAGCCGGCAGCAUCAUCGUCAUCAUCAUCAUCAGUAUCAGCAUCAGCAUCAGCAUCAGUAGCAGCAGCAGCAGCAGCAGGAGGGGCGAUCGGGAAGACCGGUCUGGCUGAUUUGCGCAAUUCCACUGCUGCAACUCCGACAGCAGCCUCGACUGGACUGCAUCACCACCAACCGCCGCCCGCCGCUCCUGGCCAGAGCGUUGUUGCCCAUGCCUCCUUCAGUGCAGCCGACGUGUCUGCGCAGUCGUCGCGCGUCGCAGUCGUCACUCAAAACCCGGCGUUGGCUGCGGCUUCGAUGCGAUCUUUGGCCGCGCCAUCCACAGCGACGCCAUCGACCACCGCCGCCGCAGCCACCAUCCUGGCACCGCCAUCAUCCACUGCGACAGCAUCGUCCGGUGGAGUGGCACUGCUGCUGCCAACCGCAGCCGCGGCGUCCCCGUCGUCAGUGUCACGCAUGGACCAAGCGCGCCCGGCUCUGCUCGCCCUCGCGCCAAGCUCGCCGCCGCCAGAGCCCAAGCCGUCCUCGUUCGCAUCGCCGCCAGUCUCGCCAUUCCGGCGAACAAGUCCUGCCAGCUACUUGUUGGCAUCGCCAAACAUUCACUCCAACGUGUCGCCAGCGCACCACUUGCAGGCACCGCCGCCGCAACUCGUCGUCACACCACGUCCGCGCGUUGCGAUCGACUUGUCGCAAAAGUUUGGCUCCGACACUGCCAUGGAACAUCUCCACUUGAUUUCCCCAACACUGGUUGGCGAAGUUGCAAGCGGUCGCAAUCGAUUGUUCGAAAGCGCCGGGCAACUACGGUCGUAGAUCUCGUGGCAUGUCAAUAGUGUUUGUUUUUGGAGGAACAAGAUGGGGAUUGCUGUGUUUUGUCCUGAGCGGAUUGGAAAUCAAGGACAAGUUGUCUGUUGCUCUGAUCUGUUGCUCUGGGUUGUUUUUGCAUGCCUCUUUGUUAAUGUUGUUAGCUGAGUGUGACAAAGCAUGUGUCACGUUUACUCCCUCCUGUUAAGGUUGAAAUCGUUCAGUGGAUUGUUGUUGACGAAUACAAGUUGAAAGGGAACGCACCA